AUGACUUGUUUAGAUAUUAUCCCACUAGAGGUGGAUAUCUUGUUGGAAAAUAUAAAAGAGCCGAGCAUCCUAAUUUGGAGAAAAUGCCUGACUAUAGACCAGAAGAGGACUUGGACUUCCUUCCUAUUUUGUACCCCAAUAAAACUGCAACACAAGGCAGCUGUCAAGUUGAGUCAAGCACAACUGGAAGUCAAGCAUCUGGUGUUCUAGACCCAUUGCAAAGUAAUGAAGUUUUUUCACAGGUUGAUGAUGAUGAACUAUUUUCUAGUACAUACAAUACUAGUGAGACAGUCAAUAUAGAGGAACAAGAUAUACCUGAUGAAGACUACGAUAGUGAAGAUGUGGAACUCUUACAUGAACCAGAGAUAAAUGAUGAUGAAGAGAUUGAUCUCACUGGUAAAAUUCAAGAAACGUUAAAUUCAACCCUUGAAUUCAAGGAGUUCGUUGAAGAUACACAGAAGAUUGAUGGCGACUUCAAGUUAUCUGAAAAGCAAGAAUUUGUGGAGAAGCUAUUUGUUGGGCAGCAAUGGUUGAGCAAACAACAUUGCAGGGAUUAUUUGAAGGAUCUAGCACUUGACAUGAAUUAUUGUAUGGUACAAAAAAAGAACAAGGAAAAGAUUCAAUCAUACAGAUGCAAGGAUGAAACUUGUGAAUGGAAGAUUUACUGCUCUGUACUACCUGAUGGGCAAACAUUUGAAUGCAAAGCAGGUGUAAAGUUGAUGUGUGAAAAAUGGUUGAAACCUGGUUUGUGCAGAGGUUUGAGGUUGGGUGCAACAGUCAGGUAACAGAUGAAUAAUCCAGACCGUUGGUGUACAUCUAUUCUGCACCGUCAGAUGCGUUUCAGGAGAUACUAAAUAACACGUGUGUUUCACAUGUUUGACGGCAACUUACGCCGUUAAGUAAAUAUAAAUUAAUUUUAAUUAUAAUAAUUUUCUUAACUGUCAAGACGGUCAAUGACGGUCCUGAGACCCAAACUCUAAUUAAAAUUUUUACAAGACCCAAACUCAAAGUUGGUCACAAAGUUGAGACCCAAAGUCUAAUUGUCCCCUUUUUUUGUCCUAUUAAAAUGCCUAAACCAUGACGCCCGUAUAACGGGUUACAAAAUUAUCUCGUGCAAUGUCUGGGGUUAAAUGCACUUAGUUUUGAAACCGAAAGCAUUCAAUUUAUUGCACUACCAAAGAUGUUUAUCCAAAAAACUAAAUUAUUCAUUUCACGUCGUAGCUUUUGGUGUGCCUAGGCACUUAAAUGCACAGUAAGUUUACAUGUGAAUGAAUAAUUGAUCCGGAUCUGUUAACCUAAGGCAAUUCCUUGAAUUUGCUGGCAGCAUGCAGUCUUGGAACCGAAUGAGAAUGUAGCAUGGUAAAAAACAGGGUAAAAAAUAUGCCACUCUCUGGGAAUGAUAAGGACUGAUUCAGAUUGGAUCAUAAAUAUAAAAGUCGAAGAAUAUAUGCUUAAAAAAUGCAGCUAAGUGAAAUGCAAAAUUUAGUGAAGAACAUCUAUUCCAUUGGUAUCAUAGUAGAAAGAUGCAUAGGGUAUAUUUUGGUAGCCCA